AGAUAAACCAUGUCUGCAGGAAAUCAGGAAGCCCAGGAGGAAGAACUGCUAGCCCUCAGCAGUAUAUACUCUGAAGAUGAGUUUAAGAGAGCUGACACUGCUCCAGGAGGGGAGAUCAAAGUGUGUCUGGAACUUCCCCCAAAUUUUACAGUAUCUGUUAAAUCCGACGCUGCCACAAACUCCAUACUGGAAAGCUUUGAGGACAUAGUUUUGUUUCUACCACCAAUUGUCCUGAACUUUGAACUUCCUCCAGGAUACCCCUCCACUAUGUGCCCCAUCUUCACACUCAGCUGCAAGUGGCUUUCGCCGGCACAGGUACAGCAUUCACUCAUAGAAUAUAAGAACACACCCGUGAAUCGCUAUCAUAGCGGGGGAUCAUGGAUUCAUCUAGCAAUAAAUGUUGUACACGAAAUUAAUUCUAGGCAAUACAACAUAUCCAUUAAUAUCUGUUUCUCUGACAAGCUGGGCAGCGAGUGCACGUAUUUUAAGGACUGCAGCCACGUUUACUGCAAUGGCUGCCUCGGAGAUUACUUUGAGAUUCAAAUCGUGGAAGGGCAGGUCCGUGCGCUGAAUUGUCCCGAGUCCAAGUGCACGUCAGUUGCUACACCUGCUCAGGUAAAAGAUCUGGUAGGGGAGCAGUUGUUCAGCCGCUAUGAUCGUCUCCUUCUUCAGUCCACUUUGGAUAUGAUGACCGAUGUGGUGUAUUGCCCUCGCCCAGGGUGCGAGACGGCCGUAAUGCAAGAGCCAGAGGGCACAAUGGGUAUUUGCACAAGCUGCCAGUAUGCUUUUUGUACCCUUUGUAUGCUGACCUACCACGGACUCUCCCCAUGCAAAGGAACAGAAUGUAAGUCUAUGUUGGCUUUGUAACGAAGAUAUGAUGACGUUUAGGGAUGCUACGAAAAGAAGACACCUGGGAAGGGAGCCCUCCGGAAGGGAACACAAGAACGGGAGAGUAAGAAGUGGAUAAAAGAGAACACCAAGCUCUGUCCUAAUUGUAGAGUCAAGAUUCAUAAAAAUGACGGGUGCAACAAAAUGGCGUGCACUAGGUGCGGGCAGUACUUCUGCUGGCUGUGUUUGAAAAAAUUGCCUCAAGCAGAUCCAUACUUCCAUUAUAAAGACCCUUCUUCAAAAUGUCUUGAGAAAACUUAUAACCCAUAG